AUGCCCUCACCACUCCACUCCGUUCUCGACCCCACAGCUGCGGGUGCGCUCUGCAAGCUUGCUCUUCUGCUCGUCACAGGCGUAUCUGUCCACGUCUCCCUCUCACCACCAAAUCCACCACCACCCCCAAAGCACCUCGUCGCACAGCGUACCCUCUUCGAGCGGUGUGUUCGUUGGGUAACCUUUUGCUCCAAGAUGAUGGUCUGGGUUGAAAUUGUCCUUGAUAUGCUCGCUACGACCGUCCUCUGCUUCCCCUCAUUCCCACUCGCAUCGCUCAUCUCCUCUAUUCUCCUCCCCGCCUACAUCUCGCCCUCACACGCCCACUCGCUGCUCACACCCAGCCCGCUUCUCGCUCUCGGCGCGCUCUCAACCUUUCUUGGCUCCAUCCUCCGUGUCGCCUGCUUCCGAGCGCUCGGUCCAUUCUUCACCUUUGAGCUCGCGAUCGCCCCCACACACGCUCUCGUGACGACAGGCCCGUAUGCCCGCGUGCGGCACCCAAGCUACGCAGGUAUAUACCUUACCCUUAUCGGCGGGACCGCGGUCGGGCUCGCCCGCGGUGCAUGGCUCCGUGAGUGUGCGCUCGGCCUCGGAGCGGGCGUGGGGUCAUGUGCCGCGGCGCUCCUCGCACAGGCUGGGACGCUGUCCAACCCAUCGGGGCAGCUGGCGGCGUCGAUCCCGCCUGGAAUAGUUACAGGGUGCCGGAGUGCGCUGACGGUGGGAAUGUUGCCGCGCAUGGCCCUCGCGUGGCUGGUCCUCGGAUUCUGGUCCGCAAAGGUCGUGUACGCGCUGCGGAGCACACAUCGGCGGCUUGCUGCGGAGGACGUCGCGCUACACCGCGCGUUUGGGCAGGAGUGGGAGGACUACGCAGAGCGUGUGCCGUGGAAGCUGGUCCCCGGGAUCUUCUGA